AUGCAGGGCAACGAGAGCGCCUCCGGACCCCUGGCCGCCCUGAGCCUGUGCGGAGGAGAGGAGGAUGAGCGCGAGCUCUCCAAACUUAUCAGCCCCGCAGGAGCGGCAUCGAAUCUCGCAUCUUUGAACCUGUCACACUGCUGGCUCUACAUCCUCUCCAAGGAGUCCUCGCUGGUGCACGCAGACAGCGCAAACCUGGCAGUACGAGUUGUCAUUGCCCUGGUCUACCUGGCGGUGUGUGUUCUGGGGCUUGUGGGUAACCUCCUGGCACUGUUCCUGCUCCACUCCCGCCACCGAGGCCACCGCCACUCUUCUAUCGACUGCUUUGUGAUGAGCCUGGCACUGACAGACCUCCAGUUUGUCCUCACCUUGCCCUUCUGGGCCGUGGACACGGUGCUGGACUUCCGCUGGCCCUUUGGCCGGGUCAUGUGCAAGAUCGUGAGCUCGGUCACCACCCUGAACAUGUACGCCAGCGUCUUCUUCCUCACCGCCAUGAGCGUGACCCGCUACCACUCCCUGGUUACCUCUCUAAAGAUGGCCCCCCCUCGGAUUGCCACUGCUGGUGCCAAAUGGGCCAGUUUAACCAUUUGGUUGGUGUCACUGGUGGCUACGCUGCCUCAUGCUUUCUACUCCACCACAGUCCAGGUGUCUAUAGACGACGAGCUGUGCUUAAUGCGGUUCUCUGACUCCGAUUCAGGCCACUGGGAUCCUCAAUUCCUGCUUGGACUUUAUCAAACACAGAAAGUCCUCCUGGGAUUUGUAGUUCCCUUGAUUGUCAUCUCUGUGUGCUACCUCCUCCUCCUGAGAUUCAUCCUGAGCCGGCGCACUGUGGGCAGCGCGGUCAGCGAGAGUGUCACGGAGAGGUCAGAGUGUGAGAGAGGACGCCACCGCCGCCGCUCUAAAGUCACCCGCUCUGUAACCAUCGUAGUUCUGUCCUUCUUCAUCUGUUGGCUGCCCAACCAGGCUCUCACCAUGUGGGGGGUGCUAAUCAAGUUUGACCUGGUGCCCUUUAGUAAAGCCUUCUACAACACCCAGGCGUACGCCUUCCCUCUGACUGUGUGCUUGGCUCACGCAAACAGCUGUCUGAACCCGGUGCUCUACUGCCUCAUCCGAAAAGAGUACAGAGCUGGACUGAAGGAGCUCCUGCUGAGAGUGUCUCACUCCAUCCAAAAUGUUCUCACUCUGGCUCUGAGAGGGAGGAGAGUGGAGGAGGCCCCAUCCAGCCUGGUUAUGGUACACAAAGACAUCAAUAUGUGA